AUGUCUAACCACCUCUACAUCGCCGAAACGCCCGCCGAGGUGUCCCAAGCCAAGGGCCUGCACCUCCUCACGCAAAACACGCCCAACGGCCAAGCCACACAGAUCAUGCUCGAGGAGCUGCACGAUGCCUACGGCACCGAAUGGGGCACCACGCUGAUCAACAUCUCGACCAACGUGCAGAAAGAGGAGUGGUUCCUGCGUCUCAACCCGAACGGUCGGAUCCCGACGCUCGUCGACAACUCCCAGUCCCCGCCGUUCCCGGUCAUCGAGACCUCGGCCCAGAUGUUGUACCUGGUGAAGGUGUUUGACAAGAAUGACACGUUCGGGUUCAAGGACGAAUUGGAGCGUAACGAGGCCUUGCAGUGGAUGUUCUUCUGGCAUGGCGGAGGCGCGCCGUAUCAGGGCCAGGUCAAUCAUUUCACGAGGGCGGCGCCAGAGAAGAUUCCUUAUGCCAUCAACAGAUACAAGAACGAAACUCUCCGCGUCUACGGCGUCCUCGAGAUUCGACUGUCCGGCAAAUACACGGGCGAGCCAAGAGACUACCUUGCCGGCAAGGGCAAAGGGAAAUACAGCGUCGCGGAUAUCAAGACAUGGCCGUGGGUGAAAGGCUGGGAGCGUAGCGGCUUCACGGCCGAGGACAUGAAGCCCUUCCCACACUUGUUGAAGUGGAUUGACAGAAUUGCGGCGCGCCCGGCCGUUCAGAGGGGCAUUGGGGAUAAAUAUGUCCAGAAGUAA